GAUUUGUCAAAAAGAAGAGGAUAAAACCGGGAACACAAAAUAAAUCUCUCAUAUACACGAAUAAAAUCAUUACGUAAACAACGCAAACAUUACGCAACACAGCACGAUCAUGGAAGCGUGCUUGCCAGCCACUUGUGCAGCUGCAACGACUAAUGUUUCCACGUUCGUCUUCCUGCAAUUAUUACGAACGCUUCUAAUUGCGCAAUGCGGUUUAAGCAAUAAUAACAACUAUCCAACGGAUCGUUCGGAAGAAAUCAUACACAGCAACAUCGAAUUCGAUUUUGUCAUUGUAGGCGCUGGAAGCGCCGGAUCUGUAAUAGCCAAUCGUUUAACCGAGAUAGAAAACUGGAAGGUGUUACUGAUCGAGGCCGGAGACGAUCCUUCGCCUACCAGCGAAAUCCCCGGAUUGUUUCUGGAAUUGCUAUCGUCGCCGGAAGAUUACGCCUACGAUGUCGUACCCGAGAAGCUCGCUUGCCAUGGCGCCAAGAACAAGCUAUGCAAAUGGCAUAAAGGCAAGGCUCUGGGCGGCAGUUCUACGAUAAACGGAAUGUUCUACACUUACGGCAACGAAGAGGACUACAACGAAUGGUCCCGGAUGGGUAACAAAGGUUGGAGCUACGAGGAAGUUCUGCCAUAUUUCAAAAAAUCACAACACUGCGGUCAUAGUCACGAUGACGAGUGGAGAAGAAAGUACUGCGGCCACAAUGGGCCGUUGCAUAUCAGAGAUUUCAAUUACACCGACACAGAAAUGCAAAAAAUGCUUGUGGAUGCUGCUCGCGAGUUGAAUGUGCCUGUUUUAAAAACUAUCAACGGUGAUAGUUACAUUGGAUACGGCAAAGCUCAAGGAACUUUGGAUGAAGGUCGUAGGAUGAGCACGGCGAAAGCCUUCCUGUCGCCGAUCAAGGACAGGAGAAAUCUCUAUGUGAUGAAAUCUACCCGAGCCGACGCAGUUCUUCUGGAUGGUACUCGGGCGAUCGGAGUACGUGCGACUCUGAAAGACGGCAGGUCGAUUGACGUGAAAGUAUCGAAGGAGGUGAUUCUGUCCGCUGGCAGUAUCGCCAGUCCGCAAAUACUAAUGCUCUCCGGCAUCGGACCUAAGCAGCAUCUGCUUGAAAUGACAGUGCCGAGUGUAGUCGAUUUACCAGUCGGUCAAAAUCUUCAGGACCAUAUCAGUUGGCAGGGCUUAUACUUGAUCUACAAAAACGAAACAACAACAUCGACGCUGUCAUCAACGUUUAUGCUGGACGAGGCAUACCGAUGCCUAAUGCACAAACAAGGUAGUCUGGCAACUGUUCCUGGUAUAGAUUUUAUAGGUUUCGUCAAUGUAAGCGACUCGAACUUCAAGUACCCCGACAUCGAGUUCGUUCAUCUGCACUUUUCGCAGCAUAACUCGUACAUGUUAAAAACUUCAGGUUCAUUUAUAGACGACGAAAUAAUGCACGAGAUAAUAAAAAUGCUCGAUAAAAUGCUUGUGGAAAUAAUACACCCUGUUUCUAUUCUACUGAAACCAAAGAGCUCGGGUGAGCUGAGACUGCGUAGCAAGGAUCCCGCGGUUCCCGUAGAGAUCUACGCAAACUACUACUCCAAGGAGGAAGACAUUGAGACAAUGAUGAAGUCCUUAGACUUCAUAAAGAAAAUGCUGAAGACCGAGACAUUUACAAGACGAGGAGUAUGGCUGCAUCAUUUAGAUAUUCCGGGUUGUCGACACACUGAACCUGACUCCGACGAAUAUUGGAAGUGCAAUUUGCGACAUAUGUCCUUCCCGUAUCUACAUGCUGCUGGUACAAACAAAAUGGGCCUUCGGGACGACCCCACGGCCGUAGUGGACGCUCGAUUAAAAGUUCACGGAGUACACGGACUCAGAGUCACAGAUGCGUCUAUCAUGCCAACGAUCAUUAGCGGACACACGAAUGCGCCUACGAUAAUGAUAGGGGAGAAAGGCGCGGAUUUAAUCAAGGAAGAUUGGGCGGAUACGCGUGGCAAGGACGAGCUGUAAAGGGAAAUACAGCUGUUAUAUUUGCUAAUCGUAUAAAGCAUAUUCUUCUUCAUGUUGUGACACCAUAAAUGACGAGCAAUUUUUUGUAAAAUUGUAUUUUAAAUAACGGGCCGAGGAAA